CACCUUCAUCUUCUUUCCCCGAACACACUCACCACAUCCUCAACACCUCAACCACCCAAAAUGUUCAUAAUAGCUCCACCACCUGUCACCCUCGAAGACCUCCAAGCCUUUCAAGCAAAACACUUCCCCGGAAGCACACAACCCCUGACGAACACCCUCGCAGAACAACACCCAAUCCAACAAGAAGGAGAAGAAUACUACUAUGACGAAGAGGAAGACGACCUGGGCUACUACCCCGACGGAGUAAAACGCACUCUCACGGACGAACAGAUCCGGAUCUUCAGACAUAGUGAGAUUCAUGCGUUGCUGAGAGAAAAGGAACUGCGGGAGGAGGAGGAAGCGGAGGCAAGGGCUGAAGCUGAAGCCGAGGCGGAAAGAGAGCGCACGAAAGCGAAAUAUGCAGCUGCAGACGCAAAGCCUGUCACUCUGUCAACAGCGACAGUGACGGUGGCGCCUGUGCGGGAAGCCCAACAAACUACCCAGACUCGGCCGGAUGAAGAUACUCCUAUGGAUUACGGGGAUGGUGGUUCUGCCCCAUCUCGGUCGUAUGGGGAUGCUUCGGCCUCUACUUCUAGACGUGCACCGCAGUUCCCGGGGAGGAGAAUUAUCUCGUAUGAUGACUGA